CCAUGAACUUUACGAUAUUGCUUGUUUUUCUUACACAAAGCUGAUCUGAUAUUUACCGAACCGUACAUAUGUAUUCUUAGUGCAAAUGCAGCGAAUCAGAACAGAGCCAUAACAGUAAGGAACCACCCCUUUUUGCAUUCUUAAAAGUCUGCAAAUUAAGAAUUGUAUCAUUCAUCCAUCGCAUUUCGAAGAGAUCUUUGCGCCUCCAGCGAUUUCUUCAGCACUCCUAGAUUCGUGUGCCAGAGAUGUGGAAACUCGGGUUUUUUGUCGCCUUGCUGCUGAUUGCGGUUGUAUCUGCGAAACCCAAGCUAGGUCGCGUUCGGGAUUUACGAGCCCCCACAAGGCGAGGUCUAAAACUUGACUUGGAAACUCCAAAGUCCCUGAUGAGGCAAAGAGGAUCGACUCCAAAAUAUGAAACCCUCAAGUCCACAAAGCGAGGUUAUAAAUAUGACGUGGAAAAUCCAGAGUCCCUGAUGUGGGAAAGAGGAUUGAUUCCACAAUAUGAAGACGAUCCAGAUGUGUACAGAGAUACCGCUUGGUUUUUGGACAAAAUCAUCAUGGACGAGGCUGAAGUAGUUCACCAACCUAUUCCGCCAGAAGUGAACUACCGCUUUGGAUCAGGAAAAAAGCAAGAGUGCAUCAAUGGAAAAAAGACCUUACCGCCACAGUGCCAGUGGAAGGGCAUGGUGAUACUGGAAGAGGAGCCGACUCAACCCGUGGAGGUUAAGCUUACAGUUUCGAAUAAGUACUGCAACCGAGCCGGGGAUAAGCCCAAGCCCAAAGUGAUUGAAUGUGAAGAAUGAACGUUCUAGUCGUGUACGUAAAGUUCAUGGCCUUACUAAAAAUGAGGAGAAGGAACAUUCUGAAUUUUUUUUUUUUAAGUGUUAAACGUAGGUUAGAUUCGAGGAACGUGGUGCGGAAAUAGUGGAGCAUGCUUUUAUUAUCGUAACGAUUUAUUUUAGGUGGGAAACUUAGUUAUCUGUUCUCACCGGCGCUUUUCAUUGUUUCGUUGUUUCAUUUUCGUUGCUGUUGUUGUCACCUCUACUCGACUUAAGCCUUUGCGCCUUUUAUGGGCACUAGCUUUAUAGCUUCAACUUCUCGUUUUCAGGAUACCAUCGUCAACAAUUUGAUAAGUUUUAGUAACACUAACCUGUAAAUUGACUUCGGAGCUGACGGGAAAAUAAAACUCACCCAAACAAACAUCAAAUGCAAAACAAAACCAUAGGGAUAUAGAUUUUCGCAUUAUUUUGUUUUAUAAACCAUGCCCCUUUUUAUGCAUUUACAAGGAUAAACAACUAAACCUACUUGGAUGCUUUGUUUUAAACUGCUGAACGAGUAAAGGUCUGUUUCGUGAAUGUGACAAUAAAUUACUCAACAAUUGUUCCUUAUUUCAA